CACACCGUCCUGCUGUGAGAUCUGCUGCUGAUGAGAGGCUCAAAAGUUCAGACGUGUCUCUGUGGUUAACGCUCAGAGACAGAUCCAGCAGCAGCUGCCACUCUGUCAGAUGUGAUGUAAUUAAAUUACCCAUCAGCCUCAUGACCGACCCUGUACAUCAGACUGGUUUAAUUCCUGUAACACAACAGAACGGACCAGCGAAGGUCAGAAUGUCUCUGAAGGUGUUACUGCUCGUGGUGUCUCUGGUAUCUCAGUGCUGCACGGCUCCACAGAGGAGAAACUGGACUCCUCAGGCAAUCCUGUACCUGAAAGGAGCACGACACGGCUCGGUGUUGGAGCGACCUAGCAGACGAGAGGCAGACGCAAUGCGUUUAGUGACUCACAAUCAGACCAGUGAUGGACGGAGAUGGCUUGCUGCUUGUUUCCUUGUGUUGGAGCUCCUGCAGCGGGCUGUGGAGGAAGGUGGAGGCAGCGAACCCAAAGUCACCAGAACCUAUGCCUACAAUAACUCUUCUCUAGUAGAGUGAUCCUCUCUCUAUGUGUUUGCUGCUGUGUUAAUGUAUUCCCAUAAAUAUUCAGGAAGCUGUUAUGUGUCUAUCAGUGUGAAACUUGAGUUUAUUCUGACUUAUUUCAAAUAAAAGCUGCAUGAAAAACUCACAUCGGUCUCUCGUUUACACCAAUUAGUGAUUUCAGCCAGCACCAGUGUUCACUGGCAUCACCACUGAAGUCAUGACUGGUCAAAUAAAGAGAAGGUAGCUAUGA